UGUUGUGAUUUCUUUAUUUUUUUUUCAUGUGAGAACGACGCGUAUUCGUAAUCGACUUGGUUUUGCCGCGUGUUUUAAUCGAGGACCGGCGUGACAACGAUAGUGUGCUAAAGGAAUCGUCCACGGCGCGGAUUUGAUCAUAGUGAAAACGGAGCGGACAUGCAUCAGAAGAAACGCCGUUCCACGGACCGAUGAACGUGGCUGGCAAUUGACUCGAUGGCAGAGGGACGCUGAGGAAAUGGCCACGUGACGCGACGACAGAAAGGAAGCCGGGCGCAAGAUGAACACGAACGGGAAUGUCGGCUCGCAAGAGGGUGGGAACGGUACCGAUUACGGCUCGAGCGAGGAGACGGCCGCCCUGCUGAGCAGGGCGCCACCCCCGCCGGUCGUUGUUGCCGCGGCGUCUCAGGGCAAGCCGGUGCUCACGCGACAGGAUCGGGCAACCUUUUUGGUUGCCUCGCCACAAUUGUCCGUCUCGGGGCUCGGCGGCUCCGAGGAGAGCGGCACCACCGAGGAUCCGGCCACGAGAUCGGUACCGGACAUCGAGCUGUAUUGCAGGCUCGACGGCGAGGCGCAGCAACCGCAGCCGCAGCCGCCGCAGCCGCAGCCGCAAGCGCAGCAAACGAUCAUAGCUACCGUGGGUUACAGGAGCCGGCAGCCUUCCCACCAGCACAGAUGUCGCUGCGAUCGUAGAGACUCGUUGGCCCCUUCUUCGGCGCUCCAUCUGGCGAGGAGCGUGUCAAGGGAGAGCGUGAAGAGCGGCCACCACUGUUGCCCUUGCCAGGCGCCUCCGCCUCCGGUUCUGGUCACAACGUCCCCCAGCGCGCGCAUAAUACGGCAGAGCUCGCAACCGGAAGCGUCAGCGUGCUGUUGUUCCGGAUGUUGUUGCCCGUUGCACACGGCCACGGCGCCGAGUGCUGCCUCCUUGCGGCAGCUGCGCGAGCCAGGCGACGGAAUUGCCGGCAUCGCGGCCGACUCGUUGCGGAUCAAUGGAGGGAUUCGACAAUUCCGGCAGUUCCCCUGGUGGUGCAAAUCGUCGUCGACGACAAUGCCGACGACGCCUCCGCCUCCAAUGGCCACGGUGCCCGGCCCAGGCUCCGGUUCUGCCUCUGGUUCCGGUUCACAGGGCGCCCAGGGCGUCUUACUCUGCCCACGUACGCUGUCUCAGGUCCGACGAUCACGGCUACGAAGGGCCCUCACCGAGGCGACCGCCGAGACCGUCAACUACGUCAAGACGCUACGGAAGCCAGUGUCGACACUCUCGAUCCCGGGGGCGAUGAAGAACAGCGGCGGCGUGGGCGGCGGGGGCGGCGUGGGGGGCGCCGGGGGUGGCGGCGGUGCUGGUUGCGGUAGCGGCGGCGCUACCGGGACCGGCGAGGAGGCCGGUAUCGCCCUUGUCGGCAUCCACUCGGAGUACCCCCGCUACGUGGACGAGCGUGUCCUGGCCGGGGGCGGGCAGGUGAAGGGCCCCUCGGGCAGCAUCGGGCCGGGCUCGAAGCACAAACCGAACGUCGGCUACCGGCUCGGCAGGCGGAAGGCCCUUUUCGAGAAGCGGAAACGCAUCAGCGACUACGCCCUCGUCAUGGGGAUGUUCGGCAUCAUCGUGAUGGUCAUCGAGAACGAACUGUCCAGCGCCGGUGUCUACACCAAGGCCUCGUUUUACUCGACAGCACUGAAAACCCUGAUCUCUGUGUCUACUGUGAUACUGCUUGGCCUCAUAUUUGCUUACCAUGCCUUAGAAGUUCAGUUGUUCAUGAUCGAUAACUGCGCGGACGAUUGGCGGAUCGCGAUGACCUGGCAGAGGAUCGCGCAGAUUUCGCUCGAGUUGUUAAUCUGUGCGAUCCACCCUAUCCCAGGGGAGUACUACUUCCUGUGGACGACCAAGCUGGCGAACAAGGGCGGUGACUUCGGCUCGACGUGGGUGCCGUACGACGUCACCCUCUCGCUGCCGAUGUUCUUCAGACUCUACCUCAUCUGUCGCGUUAUGCUGCUCCACUCGAAGCUGUUCACCGACGCGUCGUCGCGCAGCAUAGGGGCCUUGAAUCGUAUUAACUUCAACACCAGAUUCGUCCUUAAGACACUGAUGACCAUCUGCCCGGGCACCGUGUUGCUAGUCUUCAUGGUCUCGUUAUGGAUCAUCGCCUCGUGGACGUUACGCCAGUGCGAGAGGUUUCACGACGAGGAGCACGCGAAUCUCCUUAAUGCUAUGUGGCUCAUUGCUAUCACGUUUCUGAGCGUCGGUUUCGGUGACAUCGUGCCCAACACGUAUUGCGGUCGAGGUAUAGCCGUUUCCACUGGAAUAAUGGGCGCCGGAUGCACGGCCUUGCUUGUGGCGGUUGUUUCCCGGAAGCUCGAACUCACCAGGGCGGAGAAGCACGUUCACAACUUUAUGAUGGAUACGCAAUUAACGAAAAGGUUGAAGAACGCUGCAGCGAACGUGUUACGCGAGACGUGGCUAAUUUACAAGCACACUCGGCUGGUGAAGCGUGUCAAUCCGGGACGUGUUCGAACGCAUCAGCGGAAAUUUCUAUUGGCUAUAUACGCGCUGAGGAAAGUCAAAAUGGAUCAGCGAAAAUUAAUGGACAAUGCCAACACCAUCACGGAUAUGGCCAAGACGCAGAACACGGUGUACGAGAUCGUGUCAGACAUGAGCACGCGUCAGGACGCACUGGAGGAACGUCUGGGGGGCAUGGAGGAUCGGCUGAUGAACUUGGAAGAGAAACUGACCGGGCUGCAGGCUCAGCUCGAGCUGCUGCCCGAGGAGUUGACCAGGUGUCUGGCCCAACACGCCGAGCGUAUGGAGCAGAGGCGGAACUUCCUUCACCCCGACACCGCUGUCGCGAUGUCGUCGACGGGCGGCGGAGGCGGCGGCGGCGGCGGUGGUGGUGGCGGUGCAUCAACCGGGAACAGCCUGACGAUGGGCAUCUCCGUUUCCGCCCAUCACCCUCUGGCCAAUCUGUCGAACUCGCUGCCACACUCGAGGAGCGUGCCAAGCGCGCCCAGCACCACGUCCCUUCACCCUUGGCCGGCCAAUUCGAUCCUGCCGCCAGUCUCGAGUCGUACGCCACACUUGGUGCCCGAAACCGGAAGGCAUCACAGUCUGGCACAUUCCACGGUGGCCACGACCACGACCUCGCAGUCGGCCACCAGGCUCACCUCGCAAUCUGGAAUGGGAGGGCUGGGCAACAGUCAGGGGUCGGACACGUCUCCACACAGCUGAGUCUCGUCUUUGCAGCCGCAGCACUCGUAUUAAAAAGGGACACGGGACACGUGAACGGUCGUGUCUUUGUGUCCUGAACGACGCUCGCGUACCAUCGAGUCCCUUUCGCCGCGAUAAUUGGUUCUCUAAGUUCUCUCUUUUUGUCUUUCUCUUUCUAUAUCUCUAUCUUUAUUUCUGUUUCAUUUUCUUUCUCCGUAUCAGUGAAUCUCUGUCUAUCUCUGUCCGAUAAACGAUAAACUCUCUCGGGGAUAGGAAGCUUCUUCGGGUUCAUAUUCGGGUUCACACCGAAUUCGUUGACCAGUGUUCGCGAACUAGUUUAGGUCUCGCAUCCGGUUGAUGGUAGUUUUAAGGUCGGCCUGGCUGUGAUGGUUACGACGUGCAUAAUUGUUAAAUAUCUCGUAUAAUGAUAUUCAUUUUGGUUAUCUAUUUAUAAUAUGCGCUAAGAGACCUAUUUUCGAGAAUCCCUUUGUUCAAGUUUCGCGAUUUUAACGGCUGAUUGUAGCGAGUAUAGUAUAGACCAGCGGAGAGACCCAGCGGAGAAAUUAACGAGUUGUUCCCCAACUCGCAGACUGCCUAAAGCUCAAGAAACGACACCGUGUACGAUGUAUUAAAACGUUUCGAUGUCUGGAUCUCUCGUAGCGAAUUUAAACAACGAUUCUUUUCGAGCGAUUUUCACCGAGCCAAAUAAUCAAGCCUCCCAGCCAUCGCCGACCGAAUCGACUCGCCUACUUUUAUAGCCGCGGAUAAAAUGAAAGUUUUGCUGUAGCAUCAACAACGGGUCCAAUCCUCUUCCCGAUUGACUGUGUCUUCUUACCGAGUAAAAAAAAAAGAAACAAUUAGUAAAAAGGGGAACUCUAUGUACACGCGAACAAUAUAUUCAAACACUUAUACAUACACGCAAACACACACACACACAUACAUACAUAGACACGCACACGUACACAUACAGAAGGGAGAUCGAUCCAAUGUUUCCGUGGUGAUUAAAAAAAAAAAAAAAAAGAGCGAAUACACAAUGAACGAACGAGAGGGAGGGACUCACGGACGCGAGCGUCCUCUUCCAAAUCGCUGCGAGCUGCUCCCCUGCCCAACUUGCGUGCCUGAAAACUUUUUUCUUAAUAUUUAAAUAUAUAUUCGACACACACACACACACGAACUCCAUCUUAUCUCUGUAUACCUCGUGAAUUAAGAAAAAAAAAAAGAAAAAAAAAAAAGAAAAAAAGAGAAAAAAUACGAAAGGGAAAAAACAGGUGGAAGAAAGAAGAAGAAAAAAGAAGAAGAAAAGGUAUAAGGUGUGUUUUAUACGUUACGAGGGAAACGUGCGUGUGGAGAACGUCUCCCCUCGACGAGGACAACAAGAGUGGCUCUUGAGCUGGACGAGCGCACAGAAAAAAAAAAAAAACGUUUUCGAACGCGUUUAUAAGGAGAUUAAAAUAUUAAUGUUAUUAGGAAGAGAGAUAAUACGCGGCACACUGUGUUCGUUACGCGAAUUUUCGUUUCCGCUUCGGAUCGCGUGCGAGGGGAUGGAAGAGAUAGCGUGGAAAAUAUUUUACGAAUAUUUUAGAAAACGAUAUCGACACAUUAUAUCGAAUAGAUUUUCAAACAACAAAUUUUUUUAAUCGUACGAGAAAUCGUUCCGAACACACACGCUGCUCCACUUAUCUCGCUAUCUUCUCCUAAUCCGCGAACUGAUUCUUACUUCGUUUCCUGCUGAUAGAGGGAAAAAACAUAUUUACUAUUUUCGGAGCUGUGAUUAUAAUAACGUCGCAAGUUUAUUAAGUACAAUCACGUGGUGGCGUAUCAUGGCGUGAAGUUAUAAUUAAUUCAUCAACCCUCGUAGAAAAUGUAUUUAUACCCCAAGGGAAAAAACUCUUAAAGAGAUAUUCUUCAUAAUGAAUUGUUUUAUUUCGAGGGAAAUAUGUUUUCUUGAAAUUGGCCAUUUAUCCCUUCCGAUUCACUUCCCUCCCAUCCUUAUUGUAUUAUUAAUAUUAAGUAGAUCGCGUAUACCAUCUCGUGAUUGUACCUGGCGAUAUAUAACUUUCUAAAAGACAAGUGAACACGAGAAGGAAAGAGAAAAAAAACUAGGUCGAUCAAGUGGAUGAAGUUAUUCGAGGACAAAGAAUUUCACCGCACCCCCCCGAAUUACGCUGGACGAGCUUGAGGGGCCAUCAACAGAGACCACGAAGCAAACGUCCGGAUGGUCUGCAUGGAAGGAGAACGCAAAGUGAUCUUAUCUGCUUUAACGUCCGUAGGUUACAUAAGAUUAUUAUAUUGUUAGCGUAUAUCAAGUGUAUGGGGUACAAAGGUCGUACCUACGAGAGAGGGAGAAAAAAAUUUUUUUUUUUUAUAAAACGGUCUACGCACGAUGGUGAACACGUGUACGUGUGUAUGUGUAUGUGUGUGAGUGUGAGCGUACGAUGGUCUAAUAACCAUGGUAAAUAUUGAUUUUAUCGAAAAUUAUUGCCGACGAAAAUGAUGCAGCUCAAAGGGGAUGCGACCCUGUAACUUCGUCUUGUUUCGAAGGGAUGUUGUACAGGGAAGUAGUCUUUCUUAAAUGAGAGGGAAUUUAUUUUUCACGAUAAAAAAAAGACACGAGAAAUAUUUGAUAAAAAAAUUCG